AUGGCGGACGUGCUGGUGGGCUCGGAGCGCCGCGUCCUCAUCGGCGUUUACGGUCUCCCCGCGCCGCCCCCGCCGCCACCGCCAGAGAGCCUUCUCGGCCGGCUCGACCAGAUCGACAUGCGGCUGCGGCAGCUGGAGGAGCGGCGCCGGCGGCCGGCGCACGCGGACGACGGCGACGUCCGCCGCGCGCCGGCGCAGGCGCAGCACCAGCACACCAAGUCCCUGCCCUCGGCGCUGCAGCAGCACGUGCAGCUCAGGGGCACCCUCAUGGACCGCCUCAACCUGCUCGAGUCGCGCAUCCGGCAGCUCACCUGCGAGCUGGACCUGGACGGCGGCAAGGCCGGAGCCGGGAGCUACGCCGCCCUGGGGAGCUCGUCCUCGGUGGCGCCGCAGGACCCCGCGUGGUCGGAGUCGGUUCCGUUGAUGGAGCCCUUCAGGGACCCGGCGGCGAUGUGCGCGCCCGAUAAAUCGGCGGCGGACGGGAGCUGGAGCGCGGUGGAGAUCCUGCAGAGGGGCACGCGCCAGCUUCACCGCGACAAAUGCAACCCACCAAAUAAGGUGAAGAGCCUGAAGGGAGCGAAAUGCGCGUGCCAGAAGGAGAAGAGGAAUAGGACAAGCAGGCGGUGGUUUACGGUCGGAUGCUAG